ACAGUUAAGAAGCAAUAAAUAAACUCUGGUCCAGCCAGUGAGCAGUCUAAAUCCAAGGCGAGGAGGUGUUCGUGGUCAGUGACAGGAAACAAGUGACAGGAAACCUUGUACCUCUGGAUCUGUAAAAUGCUUACUUCAGCACCUUAUCUGCUACCCAGUCUAAACAUACAAGAUAAUGAAAGGACCUUUCAUGAAAAAUAUGAACUUAGUUUAAAAACAAUGAUUCCCGUGCGCAUUGGAGCAAAAUCUGCCAUUAAUCCAGUAGAUAAUGCAGGGCUGUUCUCAUUUGCUACAUUUUCUUGGCUUUCAUCUUUAAUGAUCAAAGGAUACAGGAAUAAUAUAAAUGUGGACACCUUACCUCCAUUAUCAUAUCAUGAUAGUUCAGAUCCAAAUGCAAAAAGAUUUCGAUGCCUUUGGGAAGCAGAGCUUGCAAGAGUUGGGCCUGAGAAGGCUUCUUUGGACAGAGUAGUUCUCAAAUUUCAGAAAACACGACUUCUAGUAGAUGCAAUAGUAAAUUUUAUUUGUAUUGUUUUCGCUUCUUUAGGACCAACUGUGAUCAUUCAUAAGAUCCUACAGCACAGCGAAAGCAAGUCCAAAGAUAUUGUUACAGGAAUUGGACUUUGCAUAGCACUUUUUCUUGCUGAAUUUUUCAAAGUAAUACUUUGGGCAUUGGCAUGGGCCAUCAACUACCGUACAGCCAUACGAUUUAAAGUUGCUCUGUCUACAGUUGCAUUUGAAUAUCUAUUGGCAUUUAAAUCUUUGGCACAUAUCUCUUUUGGUGAGGUUAUCAAUAUAUUAUCUACUGAUGGCCAUCGUAUAUUUGAAGCUGCUGUUUUUUGUCCUCUGCCAAUUACAGUGCCUAUACUAAUAACUGUUUGCACUGUAUACUCUUGUCUUAUUCUUGGUCCAACUGCACUGAUUGGAACAUUUGUUUAUAUUAUAUUUAUACCGCUGCAGAUGCUCACAGCUAUGCUCACAGCCAUGUUCAGACGAGCUGCUCUUUCAGUAACUGAUAAGCGUUUGAGAACAAUAAAUGAAAUUUUAACUUGCAUUAAAAUGAUUAAAAUGUAUGCUUGGGAAACAUCUUUUGCAAUGAGAAUUAAAGGUAUCAGAAAAAUGGAAAGGAAAAUACUGGAAAAAGGAGGAUAUGUACAGAGUGUAAACCUUGCUCUGACACCUAUUGUAUCUACUGUGGCUGUUGUCAUGGCAUUUAUUUUACACACCCUUUUAAAGCAAGAACUAACUGCAUCAGUUGCUUUUAGUGUAAUUGCUAUAUUUAAUGUAAUGAAGUUUUCAAUUGCAAUCUUGCCAUACUCAGUGAAAGCAGCAGCAGAAGCUAAAGUUUCCCUGAAAAGACUGAAAAAAAUUCUUAAAGCUGAAAUCCCUCCCAUUUAUGUAAAGCAACUAGAAGAUUCAGAAAAUGCUGUAGUAAUGGAUAAUGCCACACUAUAUUGGGAACAUCAGAAUGAACACAGGGAAAAUGAAAAGAAUAAAAAGACUAUGAACAGAAAGAAUGCUUAUAAAUGCCAACCAGAAACAGAGCCUGAAUUUUCUCUCACAGUGACAUCCCAGACAAUGGAGGAAGGAAACGUGGAUAGCAAAGUUUGUGUUUUGCGUAACAUAAGCUUUACUGUGAAAAAGGAAAAAGUUUUGGGUAUUUGUGGAAAUAUUGGAAGUGGAAAGAGCUCAAUAUUAUCAGCCAUUCUAGGACAGUUGCACUUGAAUGAUGGGACAGUAGGUGUUGAUGGAACAUUAGCUUAUGUGUCACAGCAAGCAUGGAUAUUUCAUGGAAGCGUUAGACAAAAUAUAUUAUUUGGAACAGAAUAUAAUGAACAGAGGUACAAUUAUGUAAUCAAUGCAUGCAGUCUGAAGGCAGAUAUGGAACUUCUUCCUGCUGGUGAUAUGACUGAAGUAGGUGAAAGAGGCCUCAACCUCUCUGGAGGUCAGAAGCAAAGAAUCAGCUUAGCUCGUGCUGUUUACUCUAAUAGAGACAUUUACUUGUUGGAUGAUCCCUUGUCAGCAGUUGAUGCACAUGUCGGAAAAUAUAUUUUUGAGAAAUGCAUAAGAGAAGCCCUUAAAAAAAAAACCAUAGUACUUGUAACUCACCAACUGCAGUAUUUGGAAUUCUGUGAUGAAGUCAUUUUAUUAGAAGAUGGAGAAAUAUGUGAAACUGGAACUCACAAAAAAUUAAUGGAAGAACAGGGACGCUAUGCCCAGCUAAUUGAAAACCUCCAUAAGGAGCAGGCAAAGAAGCCAAAACAUGUUUUGAUUGAAUCAGUAAUAGAACCUAGGAUGAAAAACCAAGACAAGAGUGAUACCUCUAGAAGUUCUAAAGAAGGAGCUAUAAAUCCUGGUUCCAACAUGCCUAAAGAAGGAAUCAUCAAUAAGGAACCUGAAAGAGACACACAAGGGAGAAGCACAACAGGGCAACUUGUAGAUGCGACUCAUUUGUCCUAUGAUGAGUGGGACUUCCACAAACGGACUCCAGCUCCUAUAAACCAGCUUGUUCAAAAAGAGGAAAAACUGGAAGGUUCAGUGACAUGGAAAACUUAUCAUGCUUAUAUUAAAGCAUCUGGAGGUUUCAUACUGUCUUCCUUUGUUAUACUUCUCUUUAUGCUGAUGAUUGGCACCUCAGCUUUUGUUAACUGGUGGUUGAGUUUCUGGCUGGAACAGGGCUCAGGUAAAAUUUGCACCAUCUUGGGUAAUGACACAAAAUACACCUGUGACAUGGAAAACAUCUUGGAUAACCCCAGACUACACUUUUACCAAUUCAUCUAUGGAAUCAGCCUGGUGGCCAUGAUUGUCCUAAGUAUCAUCAGAGGGCUUCUUUUUACAAAGACAACAUUAAAGGCUUCUUCAACACUGCAUGAUAAUGUAUUCUAUAAGAUCUUACAUAGUCCAAUGAGUUUCUUUGAUACAACUCCCACUGGUAGGCUAAUGAACCGUUUUUCUAAGGAUAUGGAUGAACUGGAUAUGAGACUUCCAUUUCACGCUGAGAAUUUUUUGCAGCAGUUUUUUAUGGUGUUCUUUAUUGUAGUCAUAAUAGGCCUUGUGUUCCCUUUUCUUCUAGUUGCAGUCAUCGUCAUAGCUGCUCUUUUUGUACUACUUUUUCAAAUAUUCAAGAGAGCUAUUCGAGAGCUAAAGAGAAUAGAAAAUAUUAGCAGAUCACCACUGUACUCUCAUAUUUCUUCUUCUGUGCAAGGACUCAGUGUAAUUCAUGCCUAUAAUAAAAAAGAAGACUAUAUCAAACAAUUUAAAAUGCUAAAUGAUGAAAACUCCAACCAUUUUCUCCUAUUUAACUGUGCACUACGAUGGUUUGCACUUAGAACAGAUAUCCUUGCAGCCAUUAUAACUUUGAUUGUGGCGUUAUUUGUUGCUUUGAGCCCUUCUUCGAUUAGUACUGCAGCAAAAGGCUUGGCUUUGUCCUAUAUAAUCCAGUUGAGUGGACUUCUCCAAGUAUGUGUAAGAUCAGGAAUUGAGACAGAAACCACAUUUACCUCUGUUGAACAAAUAAUGGAAUAUGUCUUGACAUGUGUUCCUGAGGCUCCACAGCUUUCAAAUAUUUUGAAGUCUCCCAAAGGCUGGCCAAAUCAAGGGGAAAUUGUAUUUAAAGAUUACCAAAUGAAAUACAGAGAAAACAGUCCUAUAGUUCUCCAUGGUUUAAAUAUGAGAAUUCAUGGUCAAGAAACAAUUGGUAUUGUUGGCAGAACUGGCUCUGGAAAAUCAUCUCUAGGAGUGGCACUGUUUCGCCUAGCAGAACCAACUGCUGGUACCAUCCUAAUUGACAAUGUUGAUAUCUGUACAAUUAGUCUGGAAGAUCUAAGAACAAAGCUUUCUGUUAUUCCCCAAGAUCCUGUUCUGUUUGUAGGUACAGUAAGGUUCAACAUUGAUCCUUUCAGUACUUACACAGAUGAUCAGAUCUGGCAAGCUCUUGAAAAAACAUUUAUGAAGGACAGAAUAUUGAAACUCCCAGGAAAAUUACAGGCAGAAGUUGCUGAAAAUGGAGAAAAUUUCUCCAUAGGAGAACGACAGCUGCUUUGUAUGGCAAGAGCACUACUUCGAAAUUCAAAAAUCAUUCUGCUUGAUGAAGCCACAGCUUCAAUUGAUCCUGAAACAGAUAGACUAAUUCAGUGCACAAUCAGAGAUGCAUUCAAGGACUGUACAGUCUUAACCAUUGCACAUCGCAUCAACACUGUUCUGGAGUGUGACCGCAUCCUGGUUAUGAGCAAUGGAGAGGUACAAGAAUCAGACACGAAAAAUGGCUAA